GAGGCAGAGCCAGAGAGAGAGGGAAAGAAGGUGCAGGAUAAAGGAAAAGAGAGAGUGUGGGAGAGUGUAGGAGAGAGUGUGGAGAGGGAGGAAAGCUAAGGAAGAGAGAAUGUGAGUGUGUGUGCGCCGAGCACGGAGUGGGGGAAAGAGGGGAGAGAAAGAGACUUGCAGAGGGAAGGAAGGGAAGAAGCGGUUGGGAGCCCGGAGGAGCGAGUUGGGGGCGGAGACGAGGAAGUGGGUGCGAGGCGCAGGGCGCGGGCGGGGCGCACCUCCCGCUCCAUCCCUGCCCGGAGCGCAGCCGGCGCGGGCGCAGGACGGAGGCGAGCCCGAGCGGAGCCACCUUGGCGGCAGCAGCUCCAGUGGACCCCAGAGGGAGAGGCAGCCGUGCUUGACCCGUCACGUGGAUGGGCGCAGCAUCCUGCUACGGAGAAGGCUGCAGCCAUGUCUCCCCGUGAUGCCUCCCAGAUAAAACCAAAGCCACCUCCAGACUCAUGCCCCAGUGCCUCAGUCUCUAUGCAACACCUGGACAGCGGAGAUCUGUUCUGCCCCGGGAGGAAGCCAGCUCUCCAGGGGGCGAUUUGAGUACUGGGGUUUGAACGAGGAACCUCGCUUCAAGGACUAGCUUUCCUUCAUCCUCCUUCAUACUCAUGCUUGACACCACCUAGGAGACAGCUUUACUUAUUUCUAGAAAAACAGCACUGGGUCAAUCAUUGCAGCCUCCCCACAUUUGGACGCUUCUCUUGGUUCUGUUGCGCAGCCUGGACCCCAGUGGUUGACAUAGUUGACCCACUGGGGAGCUGGAAGAGAAGCAACCAGGGGCCGGGGGCAGGGGAAGGAGCCACAGGGUCCCAGGAUGGCGUCCAACGGCACCACCUCUUCCUCUUGUCUGGACCCUGUGGCGUUCAAGAUCACUGUCAGUGUGGUCCUCACCCUCCUCAUCCUCAUCACCAUCGCCGGCAACGUGGUCGUCUGCCUGGCAGUGGGCUUGAACCGCCGGCUCCGCAGUCUGACCAACUGCUUUAUCAUGUCCUUGGCCAUCACUGACCUGCUCCUUGGCCUCCUGGUGCUGCCCUUCUCAGCCUUCUACCAGCUGUCCUGCAGGUGGAACUUCGGCAAGGUCUUCUGCAAUAUAUACACCAGCCUGGAUGUCAUGCUGUGCACGGCCUCCAUCCUCAACCUCUUCAUGAUCAGCCUCGACCGGUACUGCGCCGUCACCGACCCCCUGCGCUAUCCCGUGCUGGUCACCCCUGCCCGGGUCACCAUCUCCCUGGUAUUAAUUUGGGUCAUCUCCAUCACCCUAUCCUUCCUGUCUAUCCACCUGGGAUGGAACAGCAGGAAUGUGACCAGCAGUGCCGAUCACACCAUCCCAAAGUGCAAAGUCCAGGUCAACUUGGUGUAUGGCCUGGUGGAUGGGCUGGUCACCUUCUACCUGCCUCUGCUUGUCAUGUGCAUCACCUACUACCGCAUCUUCAAGAUCGCCUGGGGUCAGGCCAAGAGGAUCCACAACAUUGGCUCGUGGAGGGCAGCCACCAUCAGGGAACACAAAGCCACGGUGACGCUGGCCGCCGUGAUGGGGGCCUUCAUCAUCUGCUGGUUCCCCUACUUCACCGUGUUUGUUUACCGUGGGCUGAGAGGGGAUGACGCCGUCAAUGAGACCUUCGAAGCCGUGGUUCUGUGGCUGGGCUAUGCCAACUCCGCCCUGAACCCCAUCCUGUACGCCGCACUGAACAGAGACUUCCGCACGGCGUACCAGCAGCUCUUCCGCUGCAGCCCUGCCAGCCACAACAUCCACAGAACUUCCCUGAGGUCCAACAGCUCUCAGCUGAUGAGGAAUCCAAGCCGAGAACCCACGUGGCAGGAAGAGAGGCCCCUGAGGCUCCAGGUGUGGAGUGGGACAGAGGUCACAGCUCCCCAGGGAGCCACAGACAGGAAGCCAGCGCUGUCCUGCACCGUGUGCUCCAGCAAUCUUCUCAGCUGCUGCAAGAGGCUGUGGGCACUUAGGUUCCUCCAGAGACACGUAAGAGGCCCCUCGGAGGAGCAGCCGGGAGAGCCACUGUCUGAGGAGUCGCUAAGGACACUGACCCAGGAAUCGGUGAGGACGUUGCCCUCUGAGGCUGUUUACACCCAGCCCCAGGAUGCUGAAAAUCCUGCUCCCGGCCCCCAGGAUUAGACUCCUGGAGCCACUAAGGACCCAGCAGCCCCCCAAACCACCGAGGACACACCCUAGCCUGAGUCUGGGGACCCCCAGAGCACACGGCCGGUCCUGGGGUCCUCCGGCCUAGGAUGGAGCAGGCUGCUCUGCGCGCGGACUCCCCGGGUCCAGGUCCGCUGAAUCCCACGGGUUCAAAGCUCACGUUGGUGCUGGCCCUGAGUCAGGAGCAGAGACGGCGGGACGUGCGGGGAUGUGCGCAAGGGCGCGUACACGGAUGUGUGUGUGCGUGCAGACACGCCUGUCCUCUGAGCACGGCAGAGGGUGUCGCCAUGAAGCGUUCGCCUCUCCCUCCUUCCCGGGUUCCACGGGAUGAAGGGAGGGAAGGGAGGGGAAAGGAAGGACAUUAGCCUUUAAUGAACACCUACUGUGUGUCGGGUACUUCACCCGCAUGGGCUCACGUCAUCCUUAUCACACGCGGCAGGGAUCUCCAGCCUCACUUUACCGGAAUGGAGACUGACGCUCAGAGAAGUGUGGGGCCACUGUGUCUGACACAUGCGAGGCACCUGAGAGUAGCUGCUAAAGGAAGGAACAAACAGAUAAUAGACAGACGAGAGGAUGGGUAGAAGCCCAUGCUCUUGACACGACACUACACUGCCUUGCAAGAGAGGCCACGAUAUUUCCUUGACUCAGCGACCCUCCGGCUAGCGAGCCUCAGGCCCAGAGCCCGGUCCCUUCAUGCUGCAGUUCUGACCCUCUCUGGUGCUUUCCAUCGCAAGAAGUGGCAUGGAGCAGACUUGCUGGGGA